AUGGCAUCUCAUCGUAGCUAUACAAGUGAAGAAGCUCUAGCCGAAAUAUUUGCCCAUCCGGACUCAGAUUUUGAUGGUGGGAGAAGUUCUGCUGAAAGCUACGCAGAGGAAUAUCUCCCAGAAAACACACAGCCAUCUGAAAGUGAUGAAAGCGAUGAAUUGAGCGAAAAUGACUAUCAAGAGAAUACACCCGGACCUGCACGUGGACGUGCUCAUGGACGGGCUCGGCAGCGCAAUGGCGCUGCAGAAGGCAGUGCUAGAAGAAACCAACAACAGGAAGACGCAUCGUUAGAACUGCAGUGGACUUCAAAUGAUCGGCAAUCACGCAUUCCUGCAUUUACUGCUCGCUCAGAUAACAGUAGAUAUGAUGCAAAUGAUCCAAAGCAUGACAGAUUAUACAAGGUGAGGCCUGUUGUCGAAUAUCUGGUGUCAAAGUUCAAGAGUGUUUACAUUCCGGAGGAGCAAUUACUGCUAUGGAAAGGGAGGCUUGUGUUCAAGCAGUACAUUCCACUAAAGAGAGCAAGAUUUGGCAUCAAGAUGUUUAGCCUCUGUGAAACCACAGGCUACCUCUGGAACUCAUAUGUAUACCUUGGGAAAGAGCCAGAUGCUGCAGCUGGUGAUCAGCAACUAAUACAUAGGCUUGGUAGGAGUGGUGCUGUUAUCCCCCGACAGAUGGAAGGCCCUCUAGGGAAAGGCUACAAACUCUUUGUUGAUAACUGGUACACAAGUGAAGAACUGUUUUCCUACCUUUAUGACAAUGACACUGCAGCCUGUGGAACUGCUAGGAAGAAUAGGCUAAAGUUACCAGCUUCCCUCAAGACACCUCCACUAGCAAAAGGAGAGCACGCUUUCAGAAGGAAAGAUGACAUGCUGGCUGUGCGACUGAAUGACAAGAAAGAGAUUUAUUUCUUGUCCACAAUGCAUAAAGCAAAUGUAGUAGACACUGGGAAGAGAGACAGGCAUGGGAAUAAUGUGAGAAAAUUGCAGUUGGUCAAUGACUAUAAUAAAUACAUGGGGGGUGUGGAUCGCAAUGACGAGUUGAUUGGCACCUACUGCAGUGUGAGAAAGAGCAUGAACUGGACAAAGAAACUAGCAUUUCAUUUCAUUUCAUAG